AUGGCGGCGCCAUCUAAUUCGAUGUUGCGGCGAGAGAAGGAAGUUUUGCGGCGGGGUUCCGGGGCUGCGACAACAGGAGGGAGGUCGCAGAGACGGCGUGAGCUGGUGUCCGGAGGUGGAGAGCUUCUCGAGCAGGCCGAUCUAAUUGCUUUCGUCUCGUGUCGCCGCCUAGGAAGACGGCAGCGAAGGUCGAGCCGAUUCGAGCGGUCGGGGGCAACCAGAUGCUCACCGGAGAGAGCAGGGAACCGCCGUGUUGUUCGAGCCAGAGAGCUUGCUGGAGAUGAAGUUGGCUACAUUGAUUGUACUGAGGGUAGUCGGGAUAAAGCCAUUUUUGCAUUCUUAGAGAUCAUUAGCCGGCUGGACUUGGCGGUCGAGGUUGAAGCCAUUGUUGCUUUUGUCGUGUGUAUAGUCAAGUGGGAAGAUAGUGAAAGAAGCCUGUAA